CUUUCAUGCAACGUGUAGGACGACUGCCCCUUUAAUUAUUCUGCAUAAUGCUGCCUACUCAUGUGUUCUGUAUCACUCAUUCUUUCCAGUUACGAGUUCUUUUCUCCAUCUCUCGCUCUGGGACCCUCUUUCUCCUUAAAGCCGCCACUGUUACUUAUGUGCCCGUUCUGAUUCUUUUUCACCCCUAAUUUAACUCUGUCUCACAUUUCUAACCCCUCUCACCCUUAGAACCUUUUGUUUUGUUCUCUUGCUCAUUAAUAAAUUCUCCUUUUCACUCUCUCCCAUUCACUUUCUCUUUCCCACACUCAUUCUUCUCCCAUUCACUUUCUCGGGCAUUAUUAUCUAAUUUGUGACCUUUGUUGGCUGACUUGUUAAACAUUCAUCUGAGUGCAAGGGCAGAGUUCAGAGGGUGUUUGUGUGGCACAAAUGGGACCAGCAGCAGAGCAGGGUGUGUAUGGAAAUGGAAAAAGAGAGGGGUGUGAGUAAUCAGUGCAGAGCUGGGUGUGUGCUUUCACUUGGAAGAAUAGAGCGUCGCAGCACAUACGUGGUGGAGCAGAGACAUUGAGGACAUUGUGAGACUAUAGCCGGAGGUACACCUGAGACAGACGCUGUUACUGAUAUGGACCUAACGGACCUACAGGAGGUGGAGAAUGAGUUCUUGUUGACUCUGGAUGAUUUCAUCCCUCCCCACCUGCAAAGGAACCAGCGCUCCCCACACAGUCCUUCAGAGCACAAGCGGUCAGAGCAAAACUCUGCGGCAAAUGAGCAGAUAUCCAGGACCACUGUAUCCCCCCCUGGGAGCCCAGGAGAGCACCGGGAGAGGCAUUGGAUUCGCUACGAUGGCAUUGGCCCUACAGAUAAGGAUGGCAUGCCCUUUGCUUCCAGAUCGAGUGUCGACAGGCCAAGGGACUGGUACAGAAGCAUGUUCAGAGUCCUGCACCGAUUGUCAGAUUCAGAUGACAGUGACAAUGACAGCAAAGAGAAGGAAACUCCCACACUCCCUAUACCAAGUAAGUCAGGGCAUACAGAUCACCACCAAUGGAAUCAUGAUAUAGUGGGACAUGCAACCACCACAAGCCAGGUACCACAGAGCUCCAACAGAACAUUUAGCCCUAACUCCAGAGAGCUGGAAGGAUCACAGAACUUCACCCUGAGAGACGCAAAAAGAACAUUAAGCCCCACCCCUAGAGCACCAGAGGGGACACUUUACUCUCCUACCACAGACUCACCAAAGACAAUCAGCUUAACUUCUAGAGGGUUACAGAGGACCCCGAGCUCCGCAUCCCAAGAUCAGCAGAGAAUACUGGGCACAUCUUCCAAAGAACCGGACCACAUGCCAGUCUCACCUCCUAGGAUACCACGCUCAUAUCUGAGUAUCUCCACUGAGCAGUUUACACUAAGUAAUCCCUCUAGAGAUUCAGAAAUAUCACCCAGAUCUCUAUCAAAAGACCCAUACUCUGCACGGACCUUCACUUCCAGAGAGAUGCAAAGGACUCUCAACUCUACUUCCACUGAGCCACAGAAGGCACAAUUCUCCUCUUCCAAUGAGCCAAAGAAGACUCACAAUUCCAUAUCCAGAGAGGGGAAUAGAACCUUAACCCACUCUACUCCAUCUUCAUUCAACCAGUCUUCAAGGAAACUAGUGUUCCCUGGUUUAUCCAACCAGGAAACCAACUCAACAUUAGAACGAAAACCAUUAGGGUCGUCAAGUAAAGCCUCCAGAGAGCAACAGCAUGGGCCCUACAGCACCCCUGUGCAUCCCUCCCCUGGACUGGUACCCGAAUUACAUCAAUUCUACCCUACAGAUAUAGAGUCAUUGUUUUCACAUUGCUUCUCCACAACCGAUAAAGUCCCUUCAUUAGAUCCUACCCAGAUGGAACCUACUUCUCCUAUAAGUCUUAGUGCCAAGAACGCAGGUCUCUUGAAGAGUUCCACCUCCAAGGCCCUGGAGAAACUAGAGGCUGAGCUACAACUGUUUAAUGAGGAGCUGAAUAGGGACCUGGUGGAUAACAGCCAUACACCUAUGUACACAUCAUACGUGAAGGUGCCAAUGCCGAAAUCUCCCCCCAUGUUAGGAGGAAGCCGCAGAUCAGAAUCCUGUAGAACAGUGGACACUCCCAGUACUUUGGAGGACAAACCGUUAGCAAGAGCUGUGGUCAAGUUUGAUUUCUCGGCUGAGUCACCAAAAGAGUUAUCACUACAGCGAGGAACUACUGUCCUCAUACUGAAGAGAGUGGAUAAGAACUGGCUGCUGGGACAACAAGAUGGCCGGAGAGGGCUCUUCCCUGAGAGCUACGUGAGGGUUCUGUCACCAGGAGAGUCCGAGAAGCCUGUCGUACCCCAUUUAUCAGGUGUUUCUCUCUAUGACUUCAAGGCUGAAUCUGAUGCAGAACUCUCCCUGAGUAAAAACCAGCACCUUCCCUCGGAUCUCAGUGACUGCUACUCAGCUCACUGUCUGACUCGUGGUUCAGAUGAACUAAUUAGAACCUCCACACAUGGGAGGAUUGUGGGACUUGUUCAGCUGUAGUUGGCAAAAGAGAGGAUGAUGGGAUUGGUAGUUUAGCAAUGAAUCUCGCCUUCCUCAGGGCAUUUACAGAAAUAAAUCAGGAUGUAAAUGAUGAUAUUUUGGUGUGGUUGCAUUAAAAUGAAAUCCAUUGGGUGCUGUGUCAUCCACACCUUCCAUUCUCCUGCGGUGGCAAGAGGGGGGGAAGUAAUUGUGGCUGGGGCAGGAGAGCAAGGAAUAGCAGCACAGCAGAAAUGCUCUAUACAAGUACUUUUUUUAAGAGAGUGUUUUGCAGACAACAUUAAUUAAACCUUCAAGAUUUACCCAUGUAUAGAAAUCUGAUGCUCUGUUUUUCAUGCUACUGGGCUGAUCUCUUCCCCAUAGUCAGACAGGAAGGAAAGGUUUAUUUCCAACAAAGCACCCCAUGUAAGAUAUUACUGCAACAGGAGGUCCUACUUCAACCAACUGCUUUGCCCUGCUGCUACUGAUACGAAGAUGAAACCCACUGAGAUUUUUUAGUUGGGUUGAAGGUCUGCCAACCAUAUCUAACCAUGGGGAAAGAGCAGGGGGCAAACAAAUAGAGGACUAAAGUUCUGCACCUCCAGAAUAGGGAGAGAUAGGAUUUGUUUACUCCAGAGGAAGUUUUUAGUUAGGCUAAGCAAAUGGACCUGGUUUUUAUGCCCAAUGGAUUUACUGUGUAUAAGUGGCUUGAUGCCAUUGCUUCUCCUGAGCCGCAGAAUGAAGUGUCUGACUGCCAUUUUCCUUUUCCAACACACAAGGGUUUCAUAUGCUACGGAAUCCCUGGAUACCCAAAAGUUAUAUAUGUACUAUACUGAGUAACCCGUUACUUGCCUUUUAACUGUGUUUCUGUUUUAUUGUAAAUAUUGGGAACACAAUAAAUGACUAAACAAGA